AAUAGGUGCUAAUUAUACUUUAUAGAUCUUUAUAGCUAUACACAAUUAUGCAAUUGACUAUAUAUUCUUCCAGAGUCAGUUCACGCUUUCGCCGCCGUUGGCUCAAGUUUCUUGUGCUGAUUGGUCUGCCGCCAGAAGUUUGCCAUGGCGGAGAGGGUUGGCAUCGCCUUGGGCGGCGGCGCUGCUGCUUCCAAGCCGCCCGGCUCGAGAGGUGCCCGGGGCCACCGACUGAUGGUGCCUCCGCCUGGCUACAAAUUUAUUCCUCGGACCGAGCAAGUUUGCCAAGAGAUGGGCUGCUUCGAAUGCUAUGACAUCUACUGUGAACGGUGUGAAUCGAAGGACCGGCGCAUCAUUGAGCUGGAAAUGCGGAAUACGGAGCUCGUCAAGCACAUCACCCUGCUACAGGCCCGGCUCUUCCCCCGUGAUGGACAAGCGCCCGUGGCUGGCCGGCCGGCGGGCGGUGGAAGUGGCCCAGGAGGAGAGCCUUUCGCUUAUGUCCAGAGUCCAGUCAUGUAUGAUCCGGGAAUGGGCAUCCAGUACCAAGCCACAACAACCUUUAGCGCGGCUGGCUCGGGUUCAGGAAAGCCAUAGUCCUGCUCGAUCCUGCUUGGUCCUGCUGCGGGCUU